AAGCUCCGAAGCAAAGUAUUUGGUUUUCUCUAGACGCAAGUAUUAAUUACCUAUUAUUUACCAUUUGGAGUUUGGAGUAAAAUUUGAAAGCAAAAUAUGAGGUUAUUUCAAAGUUUUUAAAUUUUUUUAAUAUUCUAAAAAUAUAGGACAUAGCUCGCUCAACUAGUCAACUAACAGUAAAUAGAAAAACCGUAAUUUUAGAAGGAUUUAAAAAUUUCUCAAAUGUUACAUCACCUUGUGGAAGAAAACCAAAUUUGAGAUUUUAAUGACUUACCUAAAUAUAAAUAUAUAACUAUUUUAAGGUAUCAGACUGUUCAAUGUCCCGUGCUCAAGAUCUUGCUUGCCUGCUGAAAUCUUUGCAACUAAUCGCGGAGGCUUGCGUUAAAUUGCAAGCAGAGAAAGCCAAGUUCAUAUGGUCGAAUUCAAGUUUGAGACAUGCCGCAGAGAGCUGCUCUACUGCAUGCCAAAAGGCCCCGCAGUUCGGUGGGACAAAUCCCCCUGAUCUUAAAGACAGCAUUGACCGGGUAUCUACCGUCUUGCAUGGAUUGAGAGUGUACACAAACGUGGCCUUGGGCCAGAAAGAUACAGUGACAGCAAUUUCUGCUGAAAUAUUGAAGGACACAUCAAAUGUAUUGAAUAAGGAGGAUUACAAGAGACCACCUCAGCUCAAACCUGAAGUUUUAGACAGUAAUAAAAAAGUAUAUACUAUAGAAUUAACGGAGGAUGACAAAAAGCUCCUAAAAAGAUUAGAUAUGGAACACAGAGCAAAAUUAAUCAAAGAAAAAGAUAGGGAAGAGAACAAAGAUUUGUCUACAAGAGAAAAGGAAGUUAAAGCUAAACCUGUGAAAGAAAAAGAAGCUGCCAAAAUAACAGCUGUUCCAAAUGUUAAAUCUAAGAUGAAGUUAAGCGAUAGUGCUAAACAAAGAAAAGUUCCGUCAUCAAGAAUAGGUCGUAUGGUAUCAUUUGGAACCCUGGCGGCAGGUCUAGGCAUUGGCACUGCUACAGAAUAUGCCAAACGUACUCUUGGUAUUGGAGAUCCUCCUGGAAAUGCCUCUACACUGUUUAUGAGUAAAGCCAAUAUGGACAGAGUUGUUGACACUUUAUGUAAGGUGAGAGGAGCUGCCUUAAAGUUGGGACAGAUCUUAAGCAUACAGGAUGACUCUAUAAUCAAUCCUGAGCUAGCCCAAGCAUUGGAGAGGGUAAGGAAAUCUGCUGAUUUUAUGCCUGACUGGCAACUAGAAGAGGUGAUGGUUGCUGAACUUGGUCCUCAUUGGAGAAACAAAUUUGGAGAUUUUGAAAAUGUACCAUUUGCUGCUGCCUCUAUAGGUCAGGUACAUCAAGCCAAAACCAAAGAUGGAAGGGAAGUGGCGAUUAAAAUCCAAUAUCCAGGUGUAGCCAAAGGAAUAGAAAGUGACAUUGAUAAUUUGGGUGGCAUAAUGAAGAUGUGGAAUGUGUUUCCCAAGGGAAUGUUCUUGGAGAACCUCAUGGUAGUUGCUAAGAGAGAGUUGGCAUGGGAGGUUAAUUAUAUAAGAGAAGCUGUUUGCACUAAGCGAUUUAAGAAGGUGUUGGAACCUUAUACAGAGUAUUAUGUGCCAGAUGUUAUUGACGAAUUAUCUACCAAGCAGAUAUUUACUACAGAACUAUUAGACGGUGUUCCUGUGGACCAAUGCUUCGAUCUGGACCUAGAACAUCGCGAAUUUAUUGGCCAGAAAGUUCUGGAGCUGUGUCUUUUGGAAAUAUUGAAGUUCAGAUACAUGCAGACCGAUCCUAAUUGGGCGAACUUUUUGUAUAACCCGUCAAAGAAACAGAUACUAUUAUUGGAUUUUGGUGCCAGUAGAGAGUACCCAAAAGCUUUCAUGGACCAAUAUGUCAAGAUCCUCAAAGCUGCUUGUGACGGAGAUAGAGAUACAGUCCUCAAUGUCUCUAGAGACCUAGGCUUCCUCACUGGCUAUGAAAGCAAGAUUAUGGAAGACGCCCACGUGGAUGCUGUGAUGAUUCUAGGUGAAAUUUUCAGGACAAACGACAAAUAUGACUUUGGAAAUCAGGACAUGACGAUGAGGAUCCAGGAUUUGGCGCAAACUAUGCUGGUGCACAGACUUUGCCCUCCACCCGAGGAAAUUUACUCCCUCCACAGGAAACUUUCAGGCGUGUUUUUGCUGUGCAGCAAGCUGAAGGUGAAGUUGGCUUGUAGGGGGAUGUUUUUGUCUCUAUACAACGAUUAUAUGGCAGAAGGCAAUACAGAUGCGGACAACAAUGUGAUAGAUAAGUCAUAUAAUUUAUCGUAAUAUUUUUAAAAAUGAUCAGGACAUAAUAAAGGUACUUAUUGUUUUUGAUGUUAUUUUUUGAUUUUAAUAAAUUUUUUUAACAAUA